UGGACCCGCCGGGCCUGCGGGUGGCGCUGUGAGCAGAGCCGCGAUGGUAAAAGUGAAUGGGUUCCGCCGCUGUAGUCCACACUGUGUGCUAACCCGCGAUGGCUAAACAUCAUCCAGAUCUAAUCUUCUGUAGGAAACAGGCCGGUGUCGCUAUCGGGAGGCUGUGUGAAAAAUGUGAUGGGAAAUGUGUUAUCUGUGAUUCCUAUGUCAGACCUUGCACACUUGUGCGCAUUUGUGAUGAGUGUAAUUACGGGUCCUACCAAGGGCGCUGUGUGAUUUGCGGAGGCCCAGGGGUGUCAGACGCGUACUAUUGCAAAGAAUGCACCAUUCAGGAGAAAGACAGAGACGGCUGCCCGAAGAUUGUCAACCUGGGAAGCUCAAAGACUGACCUCUUUUACGAGAGAAAAAAGUAUGGCUUCAAAAAGAGGUGAAGAUUUCGAAGAAGGCCUUCCUGAUGUAGUUUUCAAAACCCUUUCUUCUGUAAAGAAUAAUUUUUUUAUUGUGUUUUCAGUGUAUUAAAAAACUACUUGUUUUGCAA